GCAUUUCAAAUAAGAAGAAGAAGAAGAUAACAGGGUACACAAGGCACUCUUUGGAUUGGAUGGAGCCGCACUCCGCAAUCUGCACUUGAAGUGGAAAAGUGCGUUAGCAUCCCUAAGUUUGUGGAGGAAAAAUUGAAAACUAAUGUUUAAAUAACCAAGAAGCUUAUAGAGAAACGGAAUGACGGCCCUCGAAACAUCUGUGAGAGAGUGUUGCGUUGCUCUGUUGUCGGUGCGUGCUACAGAACGCAAGAAAAAUGCGGAGAUACUUAAAGAUUUCUUGAUCAGAAAUGCUGUACCUUCUCUUCUAUCAGAAAACACUAUCAAAAAGCAAGGGUACUCCUGGAACAAUGUUUUCAACGAUAUACACGAGUUUGUACUGAAGGAAUUGGAAAAGUUUGAAUCUUCAAAAACAUUUGAUGCAGUUGUUGCCCCUCUUUGUGCCACCUUGCUCCAUCUCUGCGUUUCUGGUUCUAACAAAGGUCGAGCAUACAUAAAAUGUGACAAAGUCAUUGAUGCCUGCUUGUUUAUAUUGAAGGAUAGGAGACUAAGCAGAGCUAUUGGAGAUGCCUACUUAAAUUUACUAUACAAAGAUGUAUUAUCUUGUGAAUAUUAUUUGAGUUUGAUCACACCUACUGGAUGGGAGGAACUGCUAACCGUGAGUUUGGAUACAUGUCUUUCAAAAGGCAGUAAGUUAGAUGACUUCACAAAAAUGAGACUGCUUGCACUCAUUGUGAAGAAUGCAACGAAUUGUACUCAAGUGUUGGUUCCUCUCAGAGACUCCUUGCCAAAACUGAAAAAGUGUUUUCUUGAAGCCACUGGAGAUAAAAAAGUUCAAGAGAUUAUCAUAGAAAUAAUUAUUUUGUUGUUGGAAACGCUUUCGACAGAAUGUCGCUUGACAAUAUGCGACUUUACAGAAAACCUUCUCUCAUCAGUAUUGAAAUUUUAUGAUCAGAAUCUUGAUUAUAAGAAAAAGGUAUCAUUUUUUAAAUUAUUACACUUGACUGUAAUGAUACAUCAUCCACAAGGCCGAAAGCAACAAGAAGAAGGAAGUUUAGCAUUUAAUUGGCAAGUUUGGGACAAACAUUUAAACAACUUUCUAGAAGUAGUCUGCUUAGAAGUCACAUUCCUACAAAAAUUACGGAAGCAAGACGAGAACUUAUUAAAGCAUUGCGAUCAGUACUGUAAUUUGGCAGCUUCUAUUUAUUUUCAGAUAUUUAACAUAUCCCAAGUAGUUGAAGACAACGGUGGAAAUUCAUCAAAGAGACAAAGGGUAACUUUCAACAAAAAUAAAUGUUUUCAGGACCUUGUACAAGAACUCAAACACAAUCACGUACCUUGGCUUGGAAUAACAAAUGUGUAUGUAAACAAGUUUGGCGAUACUAUAUCUCUGGAUGACUAUAAUUCUCUUGUAACCGUAAUUGAAACUUUGGUUACAAGUAAUGCAAAUGUAAAUUGGAAUACUUUGGAAGAGACAUCACGGCUGGCCGUGACUCGUUUAUCAGAAAACAAUGCAGAGCAUGAAGUGUUGUUGUCGUUAUGGAAUGCUUGUGUGAGAACUUCAACAGUGGUAAAUACUGCUCAUGUUGCUUUACAUAAAAUCAUAAAAAUAAUGUUGACUUCAAUCGAUUUGAAAUACGAAGAAGUGCAACCUUUGAUCAAGCUGUACUCUGAGAAAGGCAUGCCUGUUACCGACAGUAGUUUAGUGACAUUGAAUUGUUUACUACACAAGUUUUUUAAUAAGUGCUCCAGCGUUGACGAGAGACAUAAAUAUUUCUCUUGGCUCAUAGAAGGGCAGAUCAUGUCUCUAGAAGUUUCUAGUGUGAGAGAAUUUUUUUUAAGACUGAUAAGUACAGAGAAUGUCGACUUGACCCGUAGCUGUAACGAAUUCCCAGAAACUGACAACGUACGUCAUGUGUUGUUUAACUCGAUUGAAAAAUGCACAUUAUUUAGUGAAUUUGAACUUGUCAUUCGCUCCCCUUCCGAUGUCAAGACCAGAAAUGAGAAUCAUGUGGAAAUUAUUACGGAAAUCAACAGAGUAAUUAAGAGACAUUUAACAGCAAAUCUUUCAGAUUGCGUUGGGAAACUUCGACGAAAAGAAGAAAUGCUUGAAUGCAUGAAUUUUUUGAAUAUUGUACUUGCUUAUCUUGACAUCUUGUUGAGGUACAAAUUUGUUGACCAUGAUGAUAUUAGAGUUGAUGAAAUGCACUGUUUACUGAAAUCAGGUUUAACCGUCAUGUACAUGUCAUUAACGAAUAUACUGAAAAAUGUUCAAGUACUGAAUAGUGCGCAGUUAAUACAAGGCGUUCAGGCAAUUUUGAUCGGCGAUUACGACUCUUUGCUGGCCUUAGAAGCCCGGCAAUGUAUGAAUGAAGAAUUCUUUGAAUGCGUUAAUAAUAUAAUGAAUAAAAAUGAUGAGACAGACGACGUAGUUAUGUUCGAAGGUGACGAAGAGGACCCGAACCCUUUGAUACACAAUUGUAUUCUCCUACUAGCAGCAUAUUGCUUGAAAAGCUAUCAUUAUCCAAAGGAAGUAUUUGAUGGAAUGUUGAAGUAUAUCGAGGAUCUCAUUGAAGAAGACACAAUGAACUACUUAUGCGAACAUCAACCUUUGGCAAUAUUUAAAGCGCUGAUCAAAUUAUGGGCAAAUGUCUUAAACGAAAAUAUCUUCGAAUUCAAAGUUUUGCUUUUACAUAAUUUCAUGACAUUCUUAGAAACCAUACCUCUGGGUCACCAAUCUGACGCUUUUGUAUGCAAAUUUGCUUGUAGCAGCAUCUCACAUGCUGUAAAAAAUUCGCAGAGUAAACACGAAAUCAGUGCGUUUGCGAAGGCGCUCAAAAUUGUUUUUAAAAAACUCUUGAUCCGUAAUGUUGACGUUUUGCGAAAAGCUGUGUCCGAAGUAUUGUCAAUUUUAAUGAUCAAGAUAGAGGAAGGUUUCAAUACGGAAUGUGCAGAACUAUUGGACUAUUUGGUUGUAGACAUGAAGGACUAUUUAAAACAAAGUGAAGAUGUCAUUGAUUUCGUAGCAUCGCUGUCACAGAGGUCCACUGAGAAUAUAAAUUGCUCAACGAAAGUGAAAUUCUUGGAAAAAAUUCAGAUUUUUGCCAAAGGUCUAUCAUGUCCAAGUCACGAGACGCUUCUAAAACUGCGGUUGUUACUGAAAGUCAACAAAGAGUAUACACUGAAAUUAUCUGAGGAAUUGAACAAUAAAGGAUUCUCAGAUGAUUGCGGGAACAGCGUCAUCCAUCAAAUCGUCUAUGCUUUGAGCAAAACUUUAAAAGACGCUUCAGACGAUAAGACUAAAAUCGAAGCCUGUAAUUGUCUAUCGGAGAUUGGCAACUACGAUUUGAAAACGCUAGUUACUGUUCCGCCAUCAGACACGAAAAGAGUGUUAAGUGUGCACCCGAAGCAAUAUUUUGCCAUGGUCGUGAUGUCGUCACUCGCCGAGGUCCUUUUUGACGAGCAGCCGGGUGUCACGAAUGGAGCAGCAAAGACUUUGAAACGUUUACUUCAAUAUCGCGAGGGAAAAACUGCUUUAGAUUUAGAAGAAGAAUGCAAACAAAUCCUACAACCCUUCGCGUCUACACAAUGUCACACGGGAGCAGAAUUCAAAAUAAACGAAAUGAAAUUCAAUUCACUGCGCCAGCCAGAGCACUGGCUUCUAAACCCUAAUGAGGACCAUACAAAAUGGUUAAUUCGGUUGACAGUAGCUCUCUUAGACGUUCUAGCUACACAGGAGAAUUACUUGAACGUAUUACGCGCUGUUUGUAUUGUUAAGCCAGAAGUGUGCGAAAAAAUUUUACCAUCGUUAAUGGGCGUGCUUCUCGAAUGCUCCUCUGACCAGCACGUAACAAUAAUUCGCGAAUUAUUAAAUCAUUUCUUUAAACACAUCUGGAACUCUAAUUUUGAUAGCAUUGAGAAUAGCGAGGACAGUAUUUGUAGGAGAAAUUCAACUGCGUUAGAUCAAGAUCACAAAAUGGUGGUUCAGUAUUUGCUCAAUAUCGUCAAUUUUAUUCGGUUACAAAAAAGUAACUAUCAACCUCGAACUGAUCGAACGUUUGAGACGUACAAUUACCUAAGAUUAGAUUACGAUAAAGUUGCGUGGGCGGCAACUAUUGCUGAUCAGAACCUGGCUGCAAUUUACUAUGGAGAGCUGUGGGCCAACGCUCAGAAUAACGGUGUGCCGCCCUCUUCGCCUGAAGCUACUACCCUACUGAAUGGUGGAGAGGAUCUUCAAAAGAUAUUUAGAAAGUGUUACGUAUCGAUUGGCGAACUAGAUUCUAUAGACGGCUGUGGUACCGCUCAUCUAACAAGCGAGGAGGAAAAACGCAAACAUUUGAUAAACACAGGCCAAUUUGCGGAUGCUUUACUUUUACUCGAUAUUGCGCUCUCGAGUGGAGGCCAAGUAGACCCCCAUUUGCAACACGGGGUCGUCAAAUCAUUACACAAGUCGGGCAUGCACCAUUUGGCCUUGCAAUACAUAAAGUCAUUGCCAGAAAACAACGAAUUUAAUGACGUAAAAUAUGAGUGUCUGUCUUUUCUUGGUGAUUGGUCAGACUUGGUAGACAUUCGAGAGCUUGAAGAUAAAUUCAAGCAACCAAAUAGCAAUCCCAAUUCCAUCGCGAAGGCUUUAAGAUAUUCCUGCCUCAAAAACUGUCUCAAUCUUCACACCUCUCCAGAUUUCGAAUCAAAGGUGCUAAUGCCACUGAAUCUUGCAAAAUUAGCCAUUGCGAAACUAUGCCAGAACUUGAAUAUGGAAAACUGUCAGAAUGUGUAUAAAGUUUUGACUAAACUUCAUCUACUCGACGACAUUGAGGACUACUUUUCUGUAAGAUGCAACAAAUCAACAAUAAAAAACCUCUUGAAUCAAUGGCAAGUGGAGAGACUGCCAGUUUUCAAUGAUUUCAAACACCUCGAAGCUCUAGUGUCACAACGCAAUGUGAUACUUGAGCAUGCUGCUAAGACAUAUAAUGAUUUCUUGAAAGACAUCACUUCUUUGCAAUUGCAGUACGCAGAACUCGGGCUGUCUAAUCAAAGGAUUAAAAUGGCUCAACGUCUUCUGGCUGUAGCGAAAAGGCUGCAAAACAGUCAAGACGUAACACUUAUCGACAGUCAAAUAUCAUGGGCGAAGGGGCAUAAGGACAUCGCUCUUUCUUUGCUUCGUAACAUUGUGAGUGAUCGUACACCUGAUGUUAAAUUGGCUGCUGUGUCAUUGAGACAGUAUGGUUUAUGGAUGGCGGAGUCGAAAUGCGACAAUCCGCGUGAUAUAAUUGACAAAUAUCUCAAGAAAAGCCUGAAAGUGUUGAGUCAAAAUGACCAUGUGGAGACACGAUUGAAGGUUUAUUACGAUAUCGCCAAAUUUGCUGAUGCUGAAUACAAACAAGUGGUAACAUAUAUGGACUCAACUGUAUUUGAGAAAAAAUUAAAAGUCUUGGAAAACAUGAAAGAUGAGGCAUGCACUCUGCGUUCGCAAGCACAACGAAAUUUAAGCAAAGACGAAAGGAAAGCCUUAGCCGCCCAUGAAAAGUUUGGUAACAUCGAAGAAGCAGAAAUAGCUAGCAUUAGAACUGAGAAGGAAAGUUUCUUGCAUUUAGCCAUGAGGUAUUACCUCAUAUCUCUGAAACUAUCUGAAUGCAAUAACCUCUCCGUUUUCCGUGUGAUAUCUCUCUGGCUGGAUAAUACCGAUCUCGAAUUUGUGGAUUCCGAAGACGGCAACUUUGAGGACCUGCUUCAUUCGAUACCCUCACGAAAGUAUAUAACGGUGCUUCCUCAGCUGGCACCAAGAUUGACCAACGAGACGACUCUGUUUGCUAAUAAUUUAAAGAAGAUUAUCAAACGGUGCGCAAUGGACCAUCCUCACCACACUUUACCCAUUAUGUUCAGUCUUAAGAACUCAGAUAAGGACCAAUUCAUACUAAACGCCAGCAGUAAUCAGUAUGGUGCACCUCAGGUCACACGACCAAAGUGUAAUGAGCCACGUGUCGUCUCUGCAAAGGCUAUGAUUACCCAGUUGGCAAGCGAGACUGCGCUAGCGGCUGUUAUUGAGCAAAUGGAAAAGAUGUGUGACGCAAUAAUAAGUUUUGCAAAUUUCACCCCGAAGACGAAGGAUACAAACAAAAAACAGGCAGUUCCAAAAGCGGAACGCAUACACCGGCUUGGACAUCUAGAUGCUAUUCCUAUACCAACUGUUACCAUACCAGUUAGAAAUGACUGUGAUUAUUUGGACAUUCCUACAUUGGUCGCAUUCGAAAACUACUUUGAACCGGCUGGAGGAAUCAAUUGUCCGAAGAAAAUAAACUGCAAAGGUUCAGAUGGUAUCUCUAGAAUUCUUCUCAUCAAGGGCGAAGACGACCUCAGGCAAGACGCUGUGAUGCAACAAGUGUUCAAUAUUGUCAACAUUCUCAUUGAGAAGGACCCCGUUACCAGCCGAAACAAAUUAAACAUUCGUACUUACAAGGUGGUGCCCAUGUCUCGUAAAUCCGGGGUGCUGGAAUGGUGUGAAGGGACCAUGCCCGUCGGCACUUACUUAGUGGGUAAUUCUGGAGCGCACGCAAGAUACCACCCGCAGGAUAUUUCAGCUCAAGUGGCACGUCAGAAAUUAAUCGCUCUUUAUGAAAAGAGGAGACCUAAUCAGGAGAAAUUAACGGCCUUCCUCAAAUUGAUGAAAGAAUUUAGACCAGCAUUCCACUAUUUCUUUACCGAGCAUUAUCUUGACCCAGUGACGUGGUACGAAAGGCGAUUGGCUUACACUAAAAGUGUGGCCACCUCGUCCAUGGUGGGAUACAUAUUGGGCCUUGGAGAUAGACAUCUACAGAACAUUCUCAUCGAUAAAAAGACUGCCGAAGUCGUGCACAUUGAUUUUGGUAUAGCCUUUGACCAGGGCAAAACGUUACCCACGCCAGAGACAAUACCUUUCCGUUUGACCCAAGAUAUAGUAGCUGGAUUCGGGUGCAGCGGUGUGGAGGGUAUAUUCAGGAGAUGCUGUGAGAAAACCAUGCAACUGUUGCGAGACAACCAAGAUACGUUGUUAACAAUAUUGGAAGUAUUGCUUUGUGACCCGCUGUACUCGUGGACCGUUACUUCUAAGCAACAAGAUGUUUUGACAAUUCAAACAGCAAGUUCAGACGGUAGUCUCGCCAAGCGAGCGUUGCUAACAGUAAGUAGCAAGCUGAGCGGCACAGAAGGAGGAGUCACUGGUGGAGUUGCUGUCCCCGGACAAGUGGCUAGGCUUAUCCACACUGCUAUGGACCCAGUUAACCUCAGCCGGCUAUAUCCAGGCUGGCAACCUUAUUUGUAAUCAACUCAAGUGUCAUAUGGAUAACGUGUAACAAUCCAAACAAUUGUUAAGCUCUAAGCAUUGUAAAACAUUUUUAUUAAUUUUUAUAAGAAAGCAAUUACGCCGGGGAUUAUAUGUACCAUUAAAAAAACAACAAUAAUAAUAAUCUUAAAGCACUCUAAUGUAAAAUCAAUUAUAUUUUAAGUGAACAAUUGAUGUUAAGUAAGUGUUGAUUUUUACGUUUUAUGUGCCAGUUGUUUUUUCGUCUUUAGUUGUGUUGUACUCAAGUAAAGGUUUUUUUUAUAGUUUUGUAUAUUAUUUUCUAAAGCACUUACCGUUUUUUUUCUCAACAAUCACUGAAAAGUAGCGAUGUCAUUUAUGGUUUUAUUAUUUCAAAAUGUGUCUUUCUCCUCUUCAUCUAAUGAAGAUAUAAACCUAAACGUUCAUUAGAUGAAAAAGGAGAGGAAGAGAAUGGAAGACAUUUCUCACAUCAGACGUAAUUAUAAUUAAUGCAUUAAUUGAGAAAACGCCACACGUAUGAACAAUCAUACUCGACUUAGUUGGCCAUAAAAUAGAGCCCAGUUUAGAGGGUACUUUAGUUACUUUGUGGAUGUUUGGAUGUUCAUUCGUUUUAAUAUUAGGACUAUUUUUUUGG